AUGAGGGUCAAUGGGAACAUUUCCCCCAAGACCAUCGUAGUCGACACCGACCAGUUUACGAACAAUCUGUGGAACAGACUGGCUUCUGACAGCGGAGUGGCCCAGAUCCGCACAGCCACCUGCGCCGCAUACAGGACCUGCCAGGACUGCAUUUUGGCCAGGGACCCCGCUUGCGCCUGGAGCCCAGUGCAGGAGGCCUGCCAGGACCACCGCGGACAGGCUGGGCUGAUCCAGGACAUCACAUCCGUGAAGGUGCUGAAUUUGUGCCCCGUGCAGAGCAAAGGGGUGCCCACCACCAUUGAGGUGCCCGUGCUGCUCUCUGCCCGGGUGGUCCUACCCUGCGUCCCCCAGUCCACCUGGUCCAGCUGCGAGUGGCAGAGACCGUCCCCAGAGGCAUCAGCCUACAUCGUGCGCAGCGACGGACUGGAGUUCACCGUGACGGCGGAAAUGCUGGGGGAAUACACGUGCCGCUGCACGGAGUCUGGGGUGGGGGGCGUGGGGGCCUCCUACAGCCUGCGCAGCUACAGCGUCCUGGUCGGCGGCUGCUUGUUGCUCCAUGAAAGACGCCGGCGGGAGCGCCUGCAGCGGGAGCUGAUCUGCCGGGAGAGGAACGGGCUGGACCUGAUGCAGUCAACCACCACGAGCUGCAGCCACGAGCCACAAACCCCGAGCUCGCCGGAGGACGAGCGCCACCCGCUGGCCACGGCCAAGAAGAACGGCAGCCUCAAUGGCUACCCCCACCUCUACAUCAACGAGCUGGACACGGAGCAGGCCCGCAUCUACCUGACUGGGGUGCCGCUGGCCAAGUGCGACGAGACCUCCAUCUAGAGCGCCCUCUUGUGCUCACUCUUGCUGGUGCCCCGUGGAGGGGGCUGGGCGGCUGAGACCUCCACCAGGCUGGGUCCCGCCUCAUCUGUGGCGCAGGGCCAGCUGGGCUCCUGCAGUGGCCGGAGAGGGCCUUGCCAGAUGGCCUC